GUCACUUCUGCUUUAUCGAUUCAUACACCUAGUCUGUCACCCGAGCGAUCAGUCAUUUGGGAAGAUCAUCAUCUAAUCAACCAUCGUCCUCGCUCCCGUAUCGUCGUCGGCAAUCCCAUCGCCGUCGUAUCGAUCAACGGUCGACCACUCGCUAGGCAUCUAGGAAAAUAUAGCUUGCCGGCAGACCUGCCCAUUGUGGAGGUCAUCUAUCCCUAUAGACAUAUCCCUCCGUCCCGACGAUGCCUCGUCCCCCCAUUCCCGAUGGCUACGUCGUUUUUGAUCCUCAACUCGCCCCUAGCAACCCUCUCGCAGGGACACCUUAUCCUUCCGAGUUCAAGACCGUAGCAAACGAACUCAUGUAUGAAUCCGCGGACCCCUUAUACAACUUUUUCCAAAGGCAACAAGACCACCAGUAUUGCGUCGACGGUUGGCGUGGAUUGAUCGGCGGCUUCUUACCCCAAGGACGUAUGGUUGCCGUUGCUGCAACUACGCCAACCUUCAACUCGCUCGCUACACCCGGUCUCAGCGAGCUCUAUGCACGCGACUAUGCGGAUGUCAACCGCGAAUUCGAUGAGGCUAGAGAUCAAGUUGGACCUCAAAUGAGCGACGACAAUCGUUCUGACCUCGACGAUCUCUCGCUUUGGGCAAUCAACACAAACGCGGUACUUGACCAGAUUAGGCGGAGCGCUCGCCACGCAGACUUCCUCUGCCAUGCCCUUAUCGGUGGUCGCGACGCUGCGUUGUAUCCAGAUCGUCGAUUCCUCCGAAUAGUCUUGCUCCUCGGAGAGAUCAAACAGUUCCUGCCAGAAAACCUCGAAUUCAAAAACAGGAUGUGGAUGAUCGCCGCCCUUUGCCAAGCUCUCAAAUAUCUUGCGUACGGAAACGAGAUGUUUGGGUCCACUUUCGGGUUUCUAGCGUUCGGCCGGUUCUUUCGACGUGCCCUUAUCGUUGACGGAGACCUCUACGUUGAUAUCGGACCCGUCAAUGGACAAAUCGCCUCAGUCGUUCGAGACAUGUCACUUUAUGACUUGAUCCUGUAUGGGACAGGAGCGGAUGCGCAGCCUAUGAAUCUCGGGCAAGAAUUGCGACCUGAUUCCACACCGAUCGACGGCGCUGCUGGGUACGCUCUUGUCGCCUUUCUCCAAGCUAUGGGUCAAUCAUGGGUACGCGAAGCUGCCGGAGGGAUUCAGGGAAUGCCGAGCUUCGCUGACAUGGAACUCGGAGGUGCUUUCGCUCGAGUCGCCGACUUCUCGCUCGAGAUGCUGGGCGGUACCGUGGCGCAAGUGUAUCUUUACUGUCGGGACCACGAGGAAAACAACAGAGAUCUUCGUCUACUGCUGAGACAGAUGCAGCAGCAGUACCAACAACAACAACAACAACAACAACAAGAACAACAACAACAACAACAGCAACAGCAACAAUAUCAAUAUCAGAACCAACACCAACACCAAUACCCAAACCAACGAUACCACCAACACCAGCUGCAUCAACCGCCGGCGGGAGGUGAACUCGCUGAUUCGCCGACUACGGCUGUAACCGUGCCAGAGGAAGGAGACGUCUUCGAUCAUGAUGCCCCCGCCAUGACCGCCUCUACCUCGACUUCGUCCAACGGGACGCUCGUCCUGACACCAGAACAGCCACAAAGCUCCACCUUCAAUCAUCAUGAGCUCGACGAGGUUGCUAAUGCCGACGACCCGAUGAAGAUGCAUCUCUACCACAAAGUUGAGACGUGUCAGGCCAAGACUAGUCCGCAGGUUCAACGACACUAUCCCGGACUUUCGGACAAGAACAAAGCUGACCUGGAGGCAAUACUCCGGGGCGCAGUCGACCUCGACCUUGAGAAGCUUAUGGCGGAGUUUGACCUGUGAACCAGCAAGACCCGCCACAAGUUUUAGGAUAUAAUACGAACCAUCACGUUACGUCACGAUUUCACGUUUUCCCUUCACGACCUUACCUUUUCCCUCUACGAUUUUAUCAUCAAUGUAUCCACGCGAAAAUGUCUUUCUCUGGUCCUUGACAAAUAUGGUCACAAUCUACGUUAUUUUGAAGGUCAGAUUGCAGUCCCUCUUUGUUCGCUCUCCGAAUUCGGCGGUCAACACACCGCCGCGCUCCAUUUAUGUAUAUCGACCAGAAGUUGCAGAGCUCGAUCAAUCCGCCUCGUCUCCGUCUUUCCGGGGCGGGCAUAUGUUGCUAAGGGGUGCUAUCAUUUAGCUGCCUCAUAUGGAAAUCAUCAUUUCUCAUCUC